GGCGCAAGGCGGGAGGCUCUCGCGCGCCCUGAGGGACAAAACUCGUGCCGUGGCCUUUUGUGUGUCUGCCUUGGUGUACAUAUACUGUACUGUAUACAGUUAGUUAGUUUCUCUCACAAUUAUGAAGAAAAGGUGCUGCCGGCCACAGACAACGGACAAUGAGGUCCCUCCUCUUCCCUCUAGCUGGUCCUUGAUCUCUAGAACGGAUCUGGGCCGGGUAGCCCUUCGGAGCGAGAACAGCAUCCAAAGAAGGAUGGCGUUUCGUGAAACGGGACCGGAACUCGGGGGCUGCCGGAGUAGCAACCGGAAGAGCCUGGUGGUGGGAACCCCGUCGCCCACCCUUUCCCGCCCGCUCUCCCCUCUCUCAGUGCCCACAGCCAGCAACAGCCCGAUUGACAGCCCUCGCACCUUCUCUACAGGAGCUUCGGCCAGUUUUCCUUUCGCCCGCAGCCAUGCGCCUCGGACCGACAGGGCUGACGGCCGAAGAUGGUCGCUGGCUUCGCUUCCUUCCUCUGGUUAUGGGACCAAUACGCCCAGCUCCACCGUCUCGUCCUCCUCCUCCUCCUCGCAGGAGCGGCUCCAUCAGCUGCCCUACCAGCCCACGCCGGACGAGCUUCACUUCCUCUCCAAGCACUUCCGGAGCACGGAGAGCGUGGCGGGAGAGGAUGGGCGCCGCUCGCCGUACUUCCGCCCUCGGUCCCGGAGCUUGAGCCCCGGCCGGACGAGUGGGACCUUCGAUAAUGAGGUGGUGAUGAUGAACCAUGUGUACAAGGAGCGCUUCCCGAAGGCCACGGCACAGAUGGAGGAGCGCCUGGCUGAGACCAUCGCCGCGUUCUCGCCAAGCAGCACCCUCCCCUUGGCCGACGGGGUUUUGGGCUUCAUCCACCACCAAAUCAUCGAGUUGGCCCGGGACUGCUUGUCGAAGUCGCAAGGGGCGCUCGUGACCUCCCGCUACUUCCUGGAACUGCAGGAGAAGCUGGAGAAGAUGCUGCGGGACGCUCAGGAGCGCUCGGAGAGCGAGGAGGUACGCUUCGUGGAGCAGCUGGUCCGGAAAAUCCUGAUCAUCAUCUCCCGGCCUGCUCGGCUGCUGGAGUGCCUGGAGUUUGACCCCGAGGAAUUCUACCACCUCCUGGAGGCGGCCGAGGGCCAAGCCAAGGAGGGACGAGGGAUCAAGACGGACAUCCCGCGCUACAUCAUCAGCCAGCUCGGGCUGGCCAAGGACCCGCUGGAGGAAAUUGGGCAACUGGACGAGGCCGGCCGGAGCUCCCCCACUGGGCCCGAACAGCCCGAGGAGGUGCCUGAGUCCCCGGCCCCCGUCUCUCGGAGGAAACCCUGCGAGGGCGAUUUCGAAACCAUCAAGCUGAUCAGCAACGGCGCCUAUGGGGCCGUCUACUUGGUGCGCCACAAGGAGACCCGCCAGCGCUUCGCCAUCAAGAAGAUCAACAAGCAGAACCUGGUGCUCCGGAACCAGAUCCAGCAGGUCUUUGUUGAGCGGGACAUCCUCACCUUCGCCGAGAACCCCUUCGUGGUGGGCAUGUUCUGCUCGUUCGAGACCCGGCGCCACCUCUGCCUGGUGAUGGAAUACGUGGAAGGUGGGGACUGCGCCACGCUCCUGAAGAACAUGGGCCCCUUGCCGGUGGACAUGGCCCGGAUGUACUUUGCAGAGACGGUGCUGGCCCUGGAGUACCUCCACAAUUAUGGCAUCGUCCACAGGGACCUCAAGCCAGACAAUUUGCUGAUCACGUCGAUGGGCCACAUCAAGCUGACCGACUUCGGCCUCUCCAAGAUCGGGUUGAUGAACAUGACCACUAACCUCUACGAAGGCCACAUCGAGAAGGACACCCGGGAGUUUGUGGAUAAGCAGGUCUGCGGCACCCCAGAGUACAUUGCCCCAGAGGUGAUCCUGAACCAAGGAUACGGCAAACCGGUGGACUGGUGGGCAAUGGGCAUCAUCCUCUACGAGUUCCUGGUGGGCUGCGUCCCCUUCUUCGGCGACACCCCCGAAGAGCUCUUUGGCCAAGUGAUCAGCGACGAAAUCAUGUGGCCCGAAGGGGAUGAGGCGCUCCCCGGAGACGCCCAGGAUUUGAUCACCCUCCUGCUCCGGCAUUGCCCGCUGGAGAGACUGGGCACAGGGGGCGCCCAUGAGGUGAAGCAGCACAGCUUUUUCCGCACCCUGGACUGGAACGGGCUCCUCCGGCAGAAAGCAGAAUUCAUCCCUCAACUGGAGGCCGAAGACGACACCAGCUAUUUCGACACUCGCUCCGAGCGCUACCGCCACCUGGGCUCUGAGGACGAGGAAACGAACGACGAGGAGUCAUGCCUGGAGAUCCGGCAGUUCUCCUCCUGCUCUCACCGGUUUAGCAAGGUAUACAGCAGUUCAGAGCACCUGGCCAACCUGCCCGCCCUCAACGUCUCGGCCUCAGACAGGGACGACCGGACCGACCGCAGCUCUGGGGAUGAAGAGAAGGGCCGGCCGGCCGGCCCGGAGACUCCGAGGCUCCGCGCCUGGACCUCGUGCGGCUCCACCGUCCAUGCCUUCCGCCAGGAGACCAGCGCCCGGGGCUCGGCGGUCCUGAGCAGCACCUGCAGCCUGGAGGCCAUGCCCCGGUUUGCCUUCUCCUCGGAGGACGAGAGCCCCGCCAAGGGGCCGGCCAAGCGGGAGCGACCCAUCUUCGUGCUCGGGGAUUGUGAGCCCCCCGCGCCACCAUCGUCCACCCCGAGGGCCCCUGGGAAGGCACUGGCAGCUGACCUGGCCAGCUUGAAUCGCGUCCGCCUGCGGAGCAACAGCACCGGGACCAAGAACUCAAUGCCACGGGGGGCGGAGCCAGAUGGGGGACGGCGGCCCAAGGACAGCACUGGCAAGCAGCGCAUCUCUGCCGGCGGUCGAGUGCCCAAGUCAGCGUCGGUCUCGGCCCUGUCGCUGAUCAUCAGCUCAGAUGACUUGGGAGGGGGCGCUCUCGUCAGCCCCAUCUCGCCUCGCUCGCUCUCCUCCAAUCCCUCGUCGCGCGACUCUUCGCCCAGCCGGGACUCCCUGCUCGGGGGGACCCACCUGCGGCCCCCCAUCGUCAUCCACAGCUCCGGCAAGAAGUACGGCUUCACCCUGCGCGCCAUCCGGGUGUACAUGGGUGACAGCGACGUCUACACGGUGCACCAUAUGGUGUGGAGCGUGGAGGACGGGAGCCCCGCUCAGGAGGCCGGCCUGCGAGCGGGAGACCUCAUCACCCACGUCAACGGAGAGUCCGUCCUGGGUCUUGUGCACAUGGAUGUGGUGGAGCUGCUGCUGAAGAGCGGAAACAAGGUGGCACUGAGGACCACUGCCUUAGAGAACACCAGUAUCAAGGUGGGCCCGGCUCGCAAGAACAGCUCCAAGACGCGGAUGGCCCGUCGGAGCAAGAAGAGCCGGAAGCGAGACAGCCAAGACCGGCGGAAGUUCCUCUUCAAAAAGAUCUCCAAGCAGUCGUCCUCCUCGGUGCUUCACACCAGCCGCAGCUUCUCCUCGGGGCUCCACCACUCGCUCUCCUCCAGCGAGAGCCUCCCGGGCUCCCCCACCCACAGCCUUUCCCCGGGGCCCACCCCGCCUUGCCGCAGCCCUGCCCCGGACUGCCCCCCAGACUCCACCUCGCCUCAGAGCACCUCUCCGUCGUCCAGCACCCCCACCUCCCCGGCAGGCCACAUCCGGCCCAGCUCUCUCCACGGCCUGGCGCCCAAGCUCGGCAGCCAGCGCUACAAGGUGGGCCGCCGGAAGUCCACCAGCAGCAUCCCGCCCUCCCCCUUGGCUUGCACCCCUUCCUCGUCCUCUGCCGCGCAGCCCCCAUCACCUCAGAGGUCCCCCUCGCCUCUCCCGCCCUUUGCCAAGGGCGGCCAGCCCUUCCAGGGGAAGACCCUCUCCCCACCCACUGUGGUGCGCCAGGCCACCCGGCCCCGCAGCGCCGAGGGCUCCCGCUCGCCCCUCCUCAAGCGCGUCCAGUCGGCGGAGAAAAUCCCCCCCUGCUUGGCCGAGAAGAAGGCGGGUGGCGGGCGGAAGCUGAUGUUGGAGAUGCCGGCCUCCGGGGAGGAGGGAGAGGUGGCUGCCCCCCGCCUCCGGGACUGGCCAGGGGACCGUCCCGACCAGGAACUGGUGGUCAUGCGACGGCUGAACUUAUCUGAGCGCCGCGACUCGUUCAAGAAGCAAGAGGCGGUCCAGGAGGUGAGCUUCGACGAGCCGGAGCUGGUGUCCGGAGAGGAGGCCCCCGCAGAGAACCGGACGGCCCCCUGGCGCCCCGGCGGCCACCGAGCUUCCUGGGUGGAGGACCGGCUCCCCUGCUCCCCCCUGGCUGCCCCCGCCGAGCCCAAGCGGCCUCCGGUGCCUCACAUUGCUGUGCAGGGAGAGGAGCUGCCCGAGGCCACGGCUGCCUGGGAGUGCCAGGGGUCCUACCCGGUCCAGCUGGAAGCCCGGGUCUACAUUGAGCAGGACGAUGGCACCACGGCUGUGGAGUACAAGAGCGUCUCCUCCCAGCGCCGGGGGAGCCGGGAGCAGCGGGAGGCCAGCCCGACCCUCCCGGGGGCGACGGCCGAGCGCAGGACAAGCCGGGACGAGAAGGACGGGCAGGCCGAGGAGCUGAGCCUGGCCUCCGCCCGAGCAGGAGAAGGGCCCGGGGACCCGGAGGGCUGCCUUUGGGGGCCCAUGGAAGGCAGCAAUGCCCUGGCAGAGCAGGCCCAGGCCCAGGGGAACCCGUGCCAGGAUCCCCUCCUGGGGGAUAAGUAACCCGAGGCCAAAGGGGCAGAAAAGGCAGCCGGAGGGGUUCCGCUUUCCGCUCACCUUUUCCUCCCUGGCUACCUCUCUCUCCUUCCUUCCUUCCUUCCUUCCUUCCUUCCUUCCU